GAACGUAAACGUUGCGAAAUUAAUAUUCAUGAGCCGAGGCUCCUCAGGUGUUCUGAUUCUGCAGCCUCCCGCCGGAAGUGUGUUAGUUUGAGUUAGUUGGUGGACUGCAGAUGCGCUUCCCUUCAGCGCGCGACGGGAAUCGGUUCAGAUGAAUCGGCUCUUCCGUGUCUGACACAGAAUGAGGAAACUCUGCGCGCUGUGUGUUCUGCUCGUCUCUGUCGCCCGUGUCGCGACCAAGCCGCCGAAUAUCGUGCUGGUUCUGGCGGAUGAUUUGGGCUGGAAUGAUGUGGGCUAUCACGGCUCCGAGAUUCGGACUCCUCAUCUGGACCGGCUGUCCGAGCUCGGGGUUCGGCUGGACAACUACUACGUCCAGCCGCUGUGCACUCCGUCCAGGAACCAGCUGAUGACCGGCCGCUAUCAGAUCCACACGGGUCUGCAGCACCAGAUCAUCUGGCCGUGUCAGCCGUACUGUGUUCCUCUGGACGAGACGCUGCUGCCCGAGCUGCUGUUGGACGCUGGCUAUCACACACACAUGGUGGGCAAGUGGCACCUGGGCAUGUUUAGAAGAGACUGUCUGCCCACACACAGAGGAUUCCACAGCUUCUUUGGGUACCUGACCGGUUCAGAGGAUUACUUCACUCAUCAGAGAUGUAGUUUUAUCACUCCUCUGAACGUGACGCGCUGUGCUCUGGACCUGCGGGACGGUGAGGACGUGGCUGAGAACUACACUGGACUCUACUCCACUGAACUCUUCACACAGAGAGCCACGGACAUCAUCACACGACACACACCUGAGAAACCGUUGUUUCUGUAUGUGGCGCUGCAGGCGGUUCACAGCCCCCUUCAGGUCCCCGAGCGCUACGACCCCUACAGCUUCAUCAAGGACGAUCAUCGGAGGAAGUACGCUGGUAUGGUGUCGGCCAUGGACGAGGCGGUGGGGAACAUCAGCCGAGCGCUGCAGGACUCGGGCCUCUGGGACAACACCGUCUUCAUCUUCUCCACAGAUAACGGCGGUCAGACGCUGACGGGAGGAAACAACUGGCCUCUGCGUGGCAGGAAGUGGACGCUCUGGGAGGGCGGAGUCAGGGGCGUGGCCUUCGUGAGCGGGCCUCUGAUAGAGCAGCCUGGAGCUGUCAGUCGAGAGCUCAUCCACGUCUCUGAUUGGCUGCCUACGAUCGUGGGCCUGGCCGGCGCGUCGACCAACCGCACCAAACCUCUGGACGGGUUCAACGUGUGGCCCACCAUCAGUCGUGGUCAGGCAUCUCCUCGAGUCGAGCUCCUGCACAACAUUGACCCUCUGUAUGUGGACACUUCUCCAUGUCCUGGAGACAUGGCGUCUGGGGAGUUUCUGGAGGAGUCUUUGCGCUCGUCUCAGCCCGCUGCUCUCGGCUCUCGCUCUGAGUUUAACAUCUCGGUUCACGCCGCCAUCCGCUACAAGAACUGGAAGCUUCUCACGGGUUACCCAGGUUGUCCUCUGUGGUUCCCGGUCCCUGGGGGCCGAGCGCUGCAGGACCCAGAGCCACUGAAGCAGGUGAUGCUGUUUGAUGUGGAGAAGGAUCCCGAGGAGCGUGAGGAGGUGUCUCAUCGGCGUCCGGAGCUGGUGUCCUUCCUGCUCAGACGUCUUCAGCAGCUCCAGAAGCAGGCCGUGCCCAUUGUCUUCCCCCCCGACGACCCCCGCUGUGACCCCAAACGCACCGGGGCCUGGGGCCCCUGGCAGUGACCAAGACGAGGAUGAAGACCGAGACCUUCAUGACGUUUAUGAAUGUUUUUAUCUGCUUUGGAUUCUGUGUGUGUGUGAGAGACAUAAAGUAAAAGAGUGUGUGUGUGUGUGUGUGUGUGUGUGUGUGUGUGUGUGUGUGUGUGUGUGUACAGCUUUAACAUCAGGAAACUGAAUCAUCAAAAAGUUUUAGAUUUUUAUAAGUGUUUUGUCUACAAUAAAAUGCAAAUGUCAGAAUAUGAAUCAUUCUUUCCUACCCUGGCCAAAACGAGAUAUAAAAUAUAAAUCUUUAUAACAGCCCUAUAUCUCCAGGAAAAUAUCUCACGAGACUGAGAUGAUCAAGUGUAUAAUGAACGAGAGCUGAAGAAACUGUCUCCUCAGAAGAUGUGAGAUGGUUUGGAGGAACAGUGAAAGUAAAAGACCUUUAGCUCAGAGUUAGUUUCUUCAUCAGAUCUGGAGAAAUGUUUCAGUAAUGGAUGUGAAUGGGUGCCGUCAGAAUAAUCCACAGUCCAUCAGUCAACAUCUAGAGAAGACAGAAGAUGAAUACUAAGAUGACACAUUUCUCCAAGAAACAAACUGAUCCUGGAUGAUCUGAGGGUGAAGAGAUUCUCAGCAGAAUGAUUUUUCUGGUCAGUCCAGUGACAUCACUUCUGGUCACUUCAUCCGUCUGAAGUGUGUUUGUGCUUCAGAGACGGAGGACAGAUUGAAAAACCAUUAAAGAGGAGGAGACAGACUUUUCCAGAGACGGCACAGAACUGCAGCUCACUUCCUGUAAUCAGACCCUCCCCCUCCUCUGAACUUCCUGUGCCUGUGGAAUGGUGCUCUGUGAUUGGCUGGAGCACAAGUUCCUCUGUUUCUUCCUGAGCCUUAAUGUUUAAAGCAAGAACUAUUCUCUUUCAGUGAUUUUCAGAAAAUAAUAAUACAGUUUUCCUUUUA